UUUUCUGUACGUAUACACAAGGAAUCACACUCUCCCACUGCCAGUCUUUUCGAAUAGUUCAGUUCGCGAAUAAACCAUGACAGAGUACUGGGUGAUAGUAGCCCUAAUUUUCGGCUGCACUUCUGCUGCCGAUUUCUGCCAAUAUCCAUAUGAGUGCGUUGCUAUAGGAUAUUGUAGUACAUGGAUAUUAACGGACUACGAAUCAACAACUUCAUGCAAUUCAAACCAACAUUGUUGCUUAAAUGCAAAUGGUGCCUGGUGGUUGCAAGCUGGAAACAAUUACCAAGCCGCUCCCACAACAAACUGGCAGCAAAAUUCAUUACUUAACGAAGACACCACACCUUUCGCCACAAAUGUAAACUAUAACCCAGCCGUAAUACCCCGGAACCAAGUUGGGAAUUAUUACCAAAACACCGCCACUACCCAAAGAUCCAGAGAACCCGCAUACUUCACUCAACCCACACCUGCACCCUUUCCAAGAUAUACCUCACAGCGGAUCCAAACUGAACUGAACCCACCAGAGCGUGCUCCGGUCCAAAUUGGAAGCCAUUCUAACACGCCAAUCGAAGCUUCUCUUUUGAAUGACCUCUGUGGCUUGGGUAAUCAAAGUGGACCUGGUCAAUAUCCCUGGGUGGUGGCUCUUUUUAGCCGUUAUCAAUACUUCGGAGGCGGUUCUUUAAUUGCUCCUGGAGUGGUUCUAACAGCAGCUCACCUUCUGCCAAACAAGAACGCGAAUGAGAUUGUGGUCAGAGCUGGCGAAUGGGAUAUGUCAUCCGAUUGGGAAACAUUCCGUCAUGAGGAGCGCGUUGUAAAAAAAAUCGAGCGACACGAAGAGUUUGUAUUCGGAAAGGCGUGGAACGACAUGGCGCUCCUUUAUCUCCAAUCUCCCUUCGAGCUGAAAGCCCACAUCCGUACCAUCUGUUUACCAAGGAAGGGCAGGUCAUUCGAUCAUAAGCGCUGCAUAAUGGCCGGAUGGGGAAAGCCUUCCUACCAGGAUCCUCAAAAUUCAAAAAAACAGAAGCAAGUAGAGUUACCCAUGGUGAUGAGAGAAGAAUGCCAGAAUAAAUUGAGGCGAACAUCGAUGGGCCGUGAUUUCAAUCUCCACGAGAGCCUAAUUUGCGCCGGUGGUGAACGGGACCAGGAUGCCUGCACUGGCGAUGGUGGAUCUCCCCUAUUCUGUCCACUGGAAAACGACCCCAACCGGUACGAACAGGCUGGCAUCGUCAGCUUUGGCAUCCGUUGUGGCCAAGAGAAUGUGCCCGGAACCUUCACAAACGUGGCCUUGUUCAGGGAUUACAUUGAUCUGAAGUUGGCGGGCGGCAAAUUUGAUUUGUAAUUACUCAAGAUAACAAUUUUAGCUCAGAAAUUUACAAAUAAAAAGCAUUUUUAUGUAAA